ACAUAUAGAAUGAUAACGUUAAUAGCGACGCAUGGAAGAAAAUUCUGAAGAAAUCUAGAGUCCUGGAGGAUAGGAGGCCGUGGGGUAUAAAAGGCAGUUGUAGCCUUGAGGGGGGAUAUAGAUUCUCUCCAGCCCCAGCCGAGAGGAGACCUCUCCCAGCCUCUCCACUCACUAGCAAGAGUACGUAGCAAGGCCUCCACGAGCUACCAUUAAUUCGCUUCCCCCUCCACGCUGCUUCUGCCCUGAACCCGCGAGACCUUCCAGGCACGGCUCAUCACACGCGCCGCCUCACCAAAACAUAAUGCUGUUUACCACCGAUGCCGGGGAGCCGAUGAAAUUUGUAAUAGAUGGAGUUGAGCUGUUGAUGGAGCUCCAGGAAUUGAUUAAGUUGCAUGGGGGUCAGGUUGUCCUGGAGCCGGGGCCAGAUACAAUCAUCCUAGUGGACGAGGGACGGGAGCACCCCAGGCUGACAGCUCAGGGCCUCCUAGCAUUCAGGAGCGCCUCCAUCUACGACUGCAUCAGGAUGAGGUCGCUUCUGUUCCUGGAUGCCCACCGGGCUGGCUCUCCUCAGGCCAGCCCAAGUGCCACCCGAGGAGGAGCUGAGGGUGCUGCUGCCUCGCCCAGAGGUGAACCAUCCCCUGCAUCCCCUCAGCCAGGCCCCAGUGGGUACCUGGAGGGAAACCACAGCCCCAGGAGGAGUGGGAAGUCCUCUCCGUACACUACGGAGGAGGACCUCGUAAUACUAAAUUACAUACUUAAAACUGGCUGUGAGGGCAUCACCGGUACUGUCUACUGGAAGGACAUGCACAAGGCCGUUAAGAUAAGGUCCUGGCAGGCACUCAGAGAGAGAUUUUUUAAGAGAAUCAGUCCCAACCUCAGCAAAUACGAGUAUGUCAAGGAUGGAAUUCCAGCCGAAAAACUAAAGAAGAUUGGAAAACUUGUCCAGCCAGAAAAAAGCCCAAGGAAGCAAAGAGUAAACUUCACAGAGAGAGAGGACAAAAUCAUCCUCAGCUACAUUGCCAGACAUGAGCGAUAUGCUGAGGUCACUGGAAAGCGGCUGUGGGAUGACAUGCACAAGGACUGUGAGGGACUACAGAACCACCCCUCCCACAGCCUUCGGAACCGAUAUUUUAAGUCCAUUUUGCCUCGCAUAGAAAAAUAUGGCCUGCUGGUGGAGGUGUUGGCAGAGUUCAAGAAGUAGGGUGGGAGAUACAACUAAAGCCUGUUGGGUGUUGCCGGCAUCGGACCACUGUGUGUGUGUGUGUGUGUGUGUGUGUGUGUGUGUGUGUGUGUGUGUGUGUGUGUGUGUGUGUGUGUGUGUGUGUGUGUGUGUGUGUGUGUGUGUGUGUGUGUGUGUGUCUCUCUCUCUCUCUCUCUCUCUCUCUCUCUCUCUCUCUCUCUCUCUCUCUCUCUCUCUCUCUCUCUCUCUCU